CUUGUUGCGCUAGCGCGAACGACGACGAGAACCCUAGCUAGUACGUAAUUAAGGAGAGAACACGCUCGUGCGUCGAGAUCUCUUACAACUCGAGCGAGCAAUGGCGGAGACCCAGCAGGCGGGCGGUGCUCCGGCUUCGGACGGCCACGCGACGGUCCUGUGCGCCAACGACUGCGGCUUCUUCGGCAGCGCGGCGACCGGCAACCUCUGCUCCAAGUGCUUCAAGGAGCAGCAGCAGAUCGGCGUCGCUGCCGUCAGUGGCGCGCCACCGGUGGACAGCGUCGUGUCCAGCUUCGCGUCGCUGCGGAUCAAGGAGACAGGCGGACAGCGUGCUACGGCUGCCGCCGGAGUCAGAGGCGAGGUGCAGGCCGGGAAGGACGUGGUUCCGACGACCGCUACCAAGAACCGGUGCCAGACGUGCCGGAAGAAGGUGGGGCUGCUCGGGUUCGCCUGCCGCUGCGGCGGCACCUACUGCGGCAUGCACCGUCACGCCGGCGCGCACGACUGCGGGUUCGACUACAAGGCGGCCGGCCGCGAGCAGAUCACGCGUCAGAACCCCCUCGUUGUAGCAUCCAAGCUCGACAGGAUUUAACUUCAAGAUCGUUCCAAUGAGUGGAGAUAGAGUAGCUUAGCUUAGCGCCUUUUUAUUAUGUUUUUUUGUUGUUGUUUCCACCACUUUGUUAAAACAUUGAAUGACUUGAUUUUCUUC